AUGAACCCUGACCAGAACCGCCCCGACUUUUCCUCACCACUUAAAUCUGGAGUCAAGACUUCUCCGCUGGGACCUGAAGGAAUCUUUAAGCAAGAAGAGCCUCGGGAAGAAACCAGGGGAGCAGCUGCCAUGGCUUCAGAAUUCCUAGAGAACAUGAAGGAGAAGGUGACUUGUGCCAUCUGCCUGGAACUUUUGACAGAACCCCUGAGUCUAAACUGUGGCCACAGCUUCUGCCAAGCCUGCAUCACUGACAACAAGAAGCCAGAGAUCGGCCCAGGAGGGGAAAGCAGCUGUCCUGUGUGUGGUGUCAGAUACUCUUUUGGAAGCCUAUGGCUUAAUCAGCAUCUAGCCAACAUAGUAGAGAGAGUCAAAGAGGUCAAGUUAAGCCCAGAGGAAGGGCAGAUGAAAGAUCUCUGUUUGAGCCAUGGAGAGAGACUCCAACUCUUUUGUAAAGAGGAUAGGAAGGCUAUUUGUCAGUUUUGUGAAUGGUCCCAGGAGCACCGUGGUCAUCAGAUAUUCCUCAUGGAGGAGGUAGUCAAGGAAUACCAGGAAAAGCUCAAGACAACUCUGGACAGACUGAGGAAGGAGCAUCGGGAAGCUGAGAAAUUGGGUACUGACAUCAGAAAAGAGAGAACUUCCUGGAAGAAUCAGAUACAGACUGAGAAACAAAGGAUACAAACAGAAUUUAAUCAGCUUAGAAGCAUCUUGGACAGUGAAGAGCAAAGAGAACUGCAGAAAUUGGAGGAAGAGGAGACGAAGACCCUGCAUGACUUAGCUGAGGCUGAGAAUGAACUGGUUCAGCAGAGCCAGUUGCUGGAAGAGCUCAUCUCAGAUCUGGAGUGUCGCAGUGAAUGGUCAGCCCUGGAGCUGCUGCAGGACACGAGUGGAAUCAUGAAAUGGUGCGUAUGGGUGACCAGGAGUUGUGUAUUUAUGAAGAAAGGAGCGAGGUGUGGACAUUGA